AUGUUUAAGCCCACAAAAUCCCAAUACACUUGCCAAGACUACAUCUCCGAUCACAUCUGGAAAACCAGCAGCCAUUAA